UCACUGUUCCAUCAGCGACUGGGCGAACAUAGGGCACAUGGCCACUCUUAUGCUGCGUUUUUUGAAGUUUUUUUCACUGUUCCAUCAGCGACUGGGCGAACAUAGGGCACAUGGCCACUCUUAUGCUGCGUUUUUUGAAGUUUUUUCCACCUUUUCCAUCAGCGACUGGGCGAACAUAGGGCACAUGGCCACUCUUAUGCUGCGUUUUUUGAAGUUUUUUCCACUGUUCCAUCAGCGACUGGGCGAACAUAGGGCACAUGGCCACUCUUAUGCUGUGCUAAUGGAACGCAAGCGCAUCUCACAUCCAGAGUCUGACUUUUCCAGGGCUUCCAGAAAACAUACAUAA